GGCGUGCACCUGGCAGAGCGCCUCGGUGCGUCUGGUGGGGACGGGCCACGUGCACAUCUGGGACAGGGUGACGCAGGUCUGGUGACUCUGUGCUCUGGGAGGCACUUGCCACCCCCAUCUGCGUGCAUGCUCUGUCCCUCUCGGGCCAGCGGCAUGUGACCAGAGCUCUGGGGCUCUGGCACGUGGGCUGGGGUGUUAAGUUCGCUUCCAUCUGUGCUGACAGAACUGGAUGGGGUGCCCGUCCCGAUGGGGGAGGUGGCCUGCGUUCGCCCCAGAGGGUACCCGUCACGGUCCAGACAUGAAAGGUCCAGACCUGUAAGGUCCAGACCUGUGCCCCUCCCCACUGCACCCCCCAGAGCGCCAGACCCUCCGUGGGGUGACUGCACUGGGGCUGGAAGGACGUCUUGCUGUCCUGUUGGGGCUUCACGACCCCCGGGCUCAGGGCCCUCACGUUACUGCUGCCGAGGUCCAGGCAGAAUGCAGAGGGGUGAGGGGUACCUGCUGAGGGGCUGGGAGCGGCCCAGAUAGAAACCCAGGGGGCCCAGUGACAUGUGAAUUUCAGAGAAGCAAUACACGGACAGGAGAGUUUCAUUGUUUAUCUGAAAUCCCAUCUCACUGGGUGACCUGGGCCUUCCGGGGAGGGAGUGGGGUGCAGGGGAGGUACAGGGAGAGACCGUGCCCACCCCCUCCCCGCAGAUGGGGAAAUGGAGGCUCAGAGCGGAAGGCAUCCCUCCACUGGCCUUGGGGGAAAGCCUUUCUCCUUUAUCUCCUGGCCAAGCCUCAGCAGGUGGGGGGCAGCUGAGGGGUAGCCUCCGAACAGGCAGGCCAGCCUGGGGGAGGGGUGGGCCUCGAGGGCAUAUUUGGGACAAUAGCAUUGUCAGGACCUGGAGAGGCAGCUGGGUUGGGUGGUUGUUUUUGCAUUUUGAAAUCUUUUUGAAAUUUCAUCCUCUCUGAUAUGAGCAGCUGAAAACAGCAAGGAGGUUUUAUGUUUCAGCGUGUUCUUGUCACCGCUGUCUUCUCGUUGCCCUUUUCAUUUUAAAAGGAUCCACACACAACUGUAGGCCAACUGGGAGGCCUAGUAAGGAGAUACUAGGGCAACACAGGACCCGUGUGCCACAUCACGGCUGCCACGUCCACGCUGGCCCCCGUGGCACCGGGAGUCCCCGGAAAGCUUGCAUCUGUCUUAAAAAAAUGCACAACAUGAGGUUAAGUUUGAUUUGGGGCAAAAUGAGGGCUGCAGCCCGGGAGACAGCAUUUCAGAGAAACUGCUCCCAGGAGGUGAGGGGAGGAGCCAGGAUAUAGAGGAGUUUUGCAACAAAAGGGCUGGUAAUGGUCAAAAAUUAUUGUUAAUUAAAGAAAACCCGAUCUGUCAAGUUUAGGAAUUUAGUGCUUUUCUGUAUCUGGGAAGAUGCAAGAGUCUGGGCUCACUGAAAUCAUUCCUUUGAUGUGCACCUCAGCUCUCUGGGGCCAGUGUCCUGUAUUUUCACAUCCUGAGUUUCCGCAGGGCUCACCGCAGGGAGUGGCUGCAGUCAGACGGCUGCAGGAUAGCAGGACACUGGUGACGGGGGCCGUAGGCUCCCUGCUCCUGGACUGGUACGGCUGGCCGAGCGUCUUCUAUUUCUCGGGUGGGCUCACCCUGCUGUGGGUGUGUUACGUGUACAGGUGUCUGCUGGGUGAGAAAGAUCUAAUCCUGGCCUUGGGCGUCCUGGCGCAGGGCCUGCCGGUGUCCAGACACACCAAGGUGCCCUGGAGACAGCUCUUCCGAAAGCCUUCUGUCUGGGCGGCCAUCAUCUCCCAGCUCUCGGCGGCCUGCUCCUUCUUCAUCCUCCUCUCCUGGCUGCCGACCUUCUUUAAGGAGACUUUCCCCAGCUCCAAGGGCUGGGUCUUCAACGUGGUGCCGUGGCUAGUGGCCAUUCCUGCCAGUCUGUUCAGCGGGCUUCUCUCAGACCGUCUCAUCAAUCAGGGUGCGUCUGCCAGGCCUCGGCCUUGGGAACCCUCUAAGUGCACAGGCUCAUACACAUGUGCGCGCGGCUCACGGCGAUGCAGGGGCUGCCCCACCGCCAGCCCAGCCCGGCCCUCCUCUCCCCGCUCCCUCCGCGCAGCCGUGAGGGUGGGACCCACUCUGGGUGCCGUCUGGGGUGGGACAGCACAGAUGGGCCGACAGGAUGUCUCCUGGUCUCCCCGUCUAGGUUACAGGACCAUCACUGUGCGGAAGUUCAUGCAGGCGAUGGGCCUCGGCCUGUCCAGCGUUUUUGCCCUGUGUUUGGGCCACACCUCGAGCUUUUGUAAGUCUGUGGUCUUUGCAUCAGCCUCCAUCGGCCUCCAAACCUUCAACCACAGCGGCAUUUCCGUUAAUAUCCAGGACCUGGCCCCGUCCUGUGCCGGCUUUCUGUUUGGUGUGGCCAACACAGCUGGGGCUUUGGCAGGAGUCGUGGGCGUGUGCCUGGGUGGCUACCUCAUCGAGACCACGGGCUCCUGGACGUCUGUGUUCGACCUGGUGGCGGCCGUCAGCAGCCUCGGGCUAUGCACCUUCCUGGUGUUCGGGAAGGCCCAGCGGGUGGACCUGAGCCCCGCCCAUGAGGACCUCUAGCCGACCGACCCCCUGUCCCCGAGGACCCAGCGCCGUCAGCCUCGGGACAGCGUUCAGCUUAGAGGCCCCUUGCUCCUGGCCCGCAGGGUGAGCAGAGGCGGGGGAGCCUCAGCCCAGCAGGAGAGUGCGGUCCGGUUCCCCCGCCCUUGGGGGUCGCAGCCUCCUUCCGGGCUGGUGGGACCUCACGGUGGGUGGAUAGGCAUCUUCAGUAGCAGCAGCUUCGUCACAGACACGGCCUGUUCCUCGUAGACCAAGCCCCACGUGGUCAGCCCGCCCGGGGCCGUGUCACUGCAGGGCAGGGCGCCCCACGGGAGUCUCUCCCCCAGACCUGCCUGGCUCUGUUUCUCUGCUCUUGGGACCGGAUCAUGCUCUGUGGUGGGCCGUCCUGUGCACUGCGGGGCGUUUAGCAGCGUCCCUGGCCCCCACCCACUAGAUGACCCCCCUACUCAUGACAGCCAACCCUGUCUCCUGACAUCACCAAGUGUCCCCGGGAGACCCGCCCCCUGGCUGAGGACCACAGCUCUAGAAGAAGGCCAGGGAGGGCUGUGGUGUUUCUGCUUCUCUAGGCACCCAGGCUGAGGCCCCCCCAGUUCGAUGGGUGGGCAGAAGUGGGGGCUCGAGGCCCUUGUGCAUCGUUGGGGACCCUGCCCCCGGCGUCCCCUCCCGUGGAUUCCCAGGCACUGGCGAUGCGUCCUGCUCCCCUGGUGCCUGGGGAGGGCGCGUGGGCACCCGCUCCUGGCCAGGACACGCCCCAGAACCAGUGAACCCACCGGUCCGCAUUCUCUUUCUCCCUCCUUGUUUACAAUAGAGGGGCCGGUCGUCUCGCGGAUUAAUAAUAGAUUUUGCAAGAUGUAUAUGCAGAGAAAAGAAACUAUGAGAAUGUGGAAAAGCACACCAAAGCCUUAUUUAAAUGAUGACUAUUAAACUAUUUAAAAAGAAGACCAUAAUGUUAUUUAAGGCCCUUCUUAUGAAAAGAAUAAACGUGUGUUAAAGAUUUAUUUCACUAGUUCGUGGAAACCAGCAACGUGUUUCAAACAGUCGAAGGAAAAUGCCAAGAACAGACGUACUGAUCCUCCAGGAUGCUGACACACACGUGCAAAUACAGCCGAGGUGGGGUUUCCUAGCUCCCGCUCUGGACAGACCCCGCCUGUGCGUCUGUGUCAGAGCUGCUUGGUGUAGCUGUCAGCUGUGUACAUUCUAGAAUCAGACAACUCCUAAUUUUCCAUGUAAGCAAAGAUUUCCUCCCGCAGCCCCCCCACUUGUGAUCAGAAAGACUCUGAAAGAAAGAUUCGCGAUUACAGAGUGAGUCUGGCCCCUGUAGGUUUGGCCUGACUGUUUACGGAGAUGCAGCCGGAAUGUUAAUUUGCCAUAAAGGCCGCGCUGUCUGCUCGGCUGGGGGUUUUCAUGAGAAACCGCGGGUGGAUUUCUAGGCUGUGCUGUCCCGAGCUGGGAGCCCUGCCCAGGAAACUCCCCGGGGCAGGGUGGUUUCCUCAGGACACAGGACACAGGACGCAGGUGUGUCCUCGUGCCCGCAGCGCAGGGAUGCUCUGCCUUCUCCUUGUUGGGCAACCGUCACCGCCAUCAUUGUCGUGACUUUCUCCUCCCAAACUGGAGCUCUCCCCUCCCCCUCCCCCAGAUCCUGGCGCCCACCAUCUGCUUUCCGUCUCUAUGAACUUGACCCUUUAGGGACCUCAAUGGAAACGUAUCCUACAGCAUUUGUCCUUUUGUGACUGACUCAUCUCGCUAAGCGUGGUGUCCUCAGGGUUCGUCCGUGCUGUAGCGCGUGCUGGGAUUUCCUUCCUUUGUAAGUCCGUGUAAUACUUCAUUGUAUGGCGGGACCACGUGUUGUUCAGCUCUUCAUCCAUCGGUGGACACUGGGCUGCUUCCACCUCUCGGCCGCUGUGAAUUCGCUGCUGUGAGCAUGGAUGUGAGAGUAACACCUUUCUUUCUAACCCACAGCAAACUGUAAACUCUUGGAGAGCGUGAGAGAGACGGCCCUUCCCAUGGGAACAUAGCCGUCUGGGGUCUCAGUGCUCGAGCCCUGAAGGGAUGCGGGACCCAGAAGGUGCUGGUGGGUCCUGCUCAGCAGGGGGUCCUAGGGCAUACGUGUAAACUGGGAUCCCCGGCCUCCUGGAAUCCGAGUCUGGUCACGCUUCUGUUAGCACCUGGCAGAAUAGGGGAGGGAGAAGCCAGGAUGUGGGGGCCCUGGGCCUGCUGUGCAGUAGCUGGGCCCAGCCUCCUCCCGUCACUGCCGUCCCUCGUGCUCAGUGUCACCUUGGAGCUGGGUGCGGCCCCUCAACCCUUCCCAAUGCCAGUGUUGGGCCCUGGGUCGGGCUCCGAGGAGUCCAGGUGAAAUGGUUGUUGGCGGGGAGGGCAGCGUUAGCACAGAUGGGCGGGAGGAUGGCCGGGCCCCGCUGUGUUAUCUGGUGCAGCCAGGCUCAGACACGUCCCCAGCCCGGCUGGCCCUGGCAGGAUCCCAGGGCCGACACCAACCCUGAGUGCAGUAGGGGGAGAGCCGGUGCGGAGUCUGUAGGGCCACCAAACCCCAGACACUUCCCUCCUGAGAGGAGGGGCUCUGGCCGCCCGGGGCCGUGAGUGUGCACUUGUGCAGGGCAUGUGUGCAAUAGUGCAUGUGUGUGUGUGCAUUUGUGCACGCGUGUGUGUACGCCUUGCCUGCCCGGCCCACAGCCAGGAGGCGCCUCGGGAGGGCCAGGCUGCUGUCCUCCUGCAGCUGGCUGACAGAGGGCGCCGUCUGACAGGGCUUUUCCCGGCCCCAGAGCAGCCGACCUGACGCUUCCCUAGGGCGCCAGGUGGGAGCCGAGGGGUCCAGCUGGCCACCCUGUGCCGUGCAGGCCGGUGCUCUUGCCCCUCAGCUCUGUAGGAAGGGACGGGUUGGAAGGACAUUCCAGGCGCAGGGAGGCUCGAGGCUGGACCCCCAGGCGGGAGGGGGCCCAAGGAGCGGCAGGACCUGGGGGUGCGCGUAUGGGAGCGGGGACCCUCUCCCACCACCCCUCCCCCAGUCUGGGUCCCCACUGUGGGUCCCUCCCGCUGGCUGCUGGGCCUGCACACACGGGGUUACGGCGUCCACUUCUUC